AUGCUCGACGCGGGCCUGGCGAGAUGGGCGGACUGCGAGUGGUCCCUGCAGGCCACGGCCCACGUGGCGCCCGACUGCCUGGCGCGGGCGCUGGAGGUCAUGGAGGGGGCCUGGCCCGAGGGCGAGGAGCACUUCGCGAAGCUCAGCGUGAACGCCCUCAUCGGGCUGUGGGCGCGCUCCAAGGACGUCUUCUACUCCAUGAGGACGAGCAGCCACGAGGCGGACGCCUGGGGCUCCCAGUUCCUGCAGGUGUUCUUCGACGCCGCGGGCGCCUGCCACUACGACCACGUCUACGCCACGGAGCUCUUCACGAACCGCUCCACGCGCCCGGCGCACGACUUCGUGAUGGCCUCCGAGUACGUGGCGAUGGCGAGGAUCAGCCGCGCGCUGCGGGAGGUGCCUCCCCGCUACCUGGUGGCGCUGAAGACCGACUGCCUCGUCUGCCAGGGCCUGCCGAAAAAGUUCCUGCCCGCCGUGGAGGCGCUCACGCGGCACCGGCACCGGGACGGCACGCCGAAGUACCGCUUCGAGGAGGUGAAGCGACUGGAGGGAGACUACCGAGAGCCGCGGCUGGAGACGGAGCCGCCGCCGCCGCCGCCGCCACACGGCCUUGGGCAGGAGCCCUGGAGGCACGUGGAGGACCCCGUGGCGCACUGCCUCGACGGGGGCAGCCUGCUGCUCUCCGGCAUGCCGGGCACGGGGAAGACGCACCUGGCGCGGAGGAUCGUGGCGCAGCUCUCGGCGCAGGGCGAGGACGUCACGCUCAUCUCGAAGACGCACUGCAGCGUGCAGAACCUGGGCCUGGGGGCGCAGACGGCGGACCACUGGGUGCGGCGCACCGUGCGCGCGGGCCGCUGCGAGCUGGACUGGCUCGUGGUGGAGGAGGUCACGCAGCUCGACGUGGGGCUGUGGGCCGACAUCGCUGAGCUCUCCACCAACCGUCGGGUGCGCUUCUUGCUGCUGGGCGACUUCCGGCAGCUGCCCGCCGUGCAGGACGCCUUCGGGGGAGCGCCCGUGCUGCGCUCGCUGAAGGACUCGCAGCUGCUGCACGACCUGGCGGGAGGCUGUGUGCACGAGCUCACGGAGAAUCAGCGCAGCGACGAGACGAUCUUCCGCUUCCUGCGGUGGCUUCGCGUGGACGAGCCGGAGCAGCCGCCGCUGCGGGAGGCCGUGCAGGCGGCGCGGGAGCUGUUCCCGCGGCGGGGCCGCCCCGACACCUGCCUGGUCAUCUCCCACGCCCACCGCAUGGCCAUCAACGACCGGGAGAACCGGCGGCUCGCGCCGCCCGAUGCGCUGCUGAUCGAGCACCACGGCACGGGGCCGGCGGGGACGAACCAGCCGCAGACCAUGCGCGUGUGGCCGGGACUGAGGCUCGUGGGCGCGGGCGGCAGGGUGCCCAAGGGCUGCUUCGCGACGGUGCGGGAGGUGGGGGAGCGGAUCUCGCUGGACGACGGGCAGAGCUUCGCGCCCGCGGAGCUGCUGCGGCACACGCGGCUCUGCCACGCGGUCACGUACGCCUCCUGCCAGGGCCUCACGCUGCGGGGGCGCGUUUACCUUUGCGACGCCGAGAACCCGCACUUCUCCGUGAAGCACCUGUACGUGGGCGCGUCGCGGGCCACGGGCGCGGAGCUCCUGAGCGUGAUCUGA